CUUGGAUAAAUGUUGCCCUGUCCACGUGGCUACUGGUAAUGACUUUUGGUUAGCCUAGGAAACAAAACUUUUGUAGGUGUAGGCCUACUUGUAGCUGUACGGACAGAAAAGGACAGCAUAAGAAGAUGGUACACAUCGCAGGUAACUUCAGGUUCACCCAGCAAGACGCCUCUCACAUAGUUGGAGAUUACCUUAGGGGAAUUCUGCAACAAAGUUGCACUUCAGGAUUUCAGAAUGUUUUUAAGGCCUCGUAAACCUGCGGAUGUACACUUCCAAGGGGAAAAACAUUGACAUGGAGGAAGAGUUGCACGGUAGUAUGAUAAAAGACUUGUUGAGUAAGUGAUAACUGGCAUAUUUAGCGUCUUGUUCAGAGCUGAGUGUUGAGGCAGCUUUUUAAAGAUAUCAGCCGUCUUGCUCGGAAUGCCGUGUGGAUGUCUGUGUAGAAGGUGUGUUCACAAACGAACAGAAUCAUGGCUCGCUCAAGGAAAAUUGCACAAGACGUUUCUAAAAAAUGGAUCAAAUUCCAGAACAGGGUAACAAAAAGUAUGGACAGACUAGUCACAACAGUGACCACAAUAACUCGAUCUGCCUUGAACCAUCAUCAUGACUCCGCAGCUGAGUCACUAGAGUACAGGCGAUCUGGAGAAGGAGCCAGUGCUGAUGCCAAUUCCAGGCAAGAGAUUGAUGAGGAAAGGAGAGGGAUAGCUGUGGUGGAGCUUCUCAAGCAGGAAGGGUGUGGUCUAGGGCUUACAAUAUCAGGUGGAACAGACAAAGGCCAGCGCUCCCAUAUUUCCAGUAUUAGGGCUGGAGGAAUAGCUCACAGGAGUGAUGCCCUGCAAGUUGGCGAUAACAUUAUCUCUGUCAAUGGAAUCCGUACAGCUAGUCUAAAACAUGAAGAAAUUGUGAACUUACUAAAAAAUGCUGGAGACAGAGUUGUUCUAGAGGUGGAAUAUGAACUACCUGACUCUGGUGACCAAGCUUUUUCUGUCCAGUGCAAGCAUCAGGAGAUAGUUCUUGUAAAAGAAGGGAAGGGGUUUGGUUUUACUCUGAGAGGGGGGCUGAGCCCAGAUGGAAGUAAAUCACACCCUCUCAUUGUCACCCACAUUCGGCCAGGUAGCCCUGCUGACAGGGAGAACUCUUUGAAGGAGGGGGACAGAAUAUUGGCAGUGAAUGGGUAUCAUGUGACACACCUGAGUUUGUCUGAAGCUAUGGUCCUCCUUAAUCAGUGUGGGAGGGAGGCCACCUUCCUGUUUGAAUAUGAUGUCUCAGUCAUGAGUGCAGUUCAGAAUGCCACUGGCCCUCUUCUUGUGGAAAUAGACAAGACACCUGGUUCAUCCUUGGGUAUCGAUCUUAGUCAGAGCUCCUACCAAAACCGCAGGUGUGUCUGUGUUGACAGAAUUAAGCCGGCUAGUGUGGCUGACAGGUGUGGGGCUCUUCAUGUUGGAGAUCACAUCUUGUCGAUAGAUGGUGCCACAGUUGAGCACAUGUCUGUGGCAGAGGCCAGCCAGCUACUUAGGUCAAGUCUCGAAGAACAGAUCAAACUGGAAAUAUUACCCAUUUAUCACAUACAGCAGAAAACACAUCGUGACACCAUGAUGCGCAAAGCUCUUGUGCCUGUGUUGCCAUCCUCUGCAUCUUCUCCCAUGCUGUCCUCCAUCUCUCCACCGGUCUCCUCUGCAUACCAGAACUACAACACUCUCACCACGUGUCAAGGGUAUAAUACAAUCAGUUCAACAGGGACCAUUGGACGAAUGUCAACUGCACGGAGAAAAACUUGGGGAAAACCUGAGCGAAUAAACCAUCCUUCUAUUGGGACCUUAUCAAUAGCAUCCACCGGAUCAAUGGUGACAAACACUAAUCAGAUCUGUCACUCUGAGACAACAGAGGUGAUCCUAUACCCAGACACCCGGGGGCUUGGGGUAUCGCUAGAAGGGGGUGUCUUCUCCACAGCCGUCCUCACUGAGCCACCGAUCAUUGCUCACAUUGAGCCAAAAAGUGUUGCAGAAAGAUGUGGUUUGAUACAGGAGGGCGACAGGAUUCUGUCUGUGAAUGGUCAGGAGCUAGUUGAGAGAACCUUGGAAGAAGUGAACCAGCUCUUAAGGGAUGCUAAACCAUAUUGUGUGCUGGAGAUAGAGUUUGAUGUUACAGAAUCUGUCCUUGCCAGCUCUGGCACAUUUAUAGUGAAGUUGGCCAAAAGAAUUGGUGGCCUAGGACUUACUGUCAGCGCUCCAAGUAAAAAAAGUUCCAAAAAAGAAAGUUUAAUCAUAACUGAUAUCAAGAAAGGCAGUGUGGCUCACAGGUGUGGAUCUAUCCAUCCAGGUGAUAGGAUACUGGCCAUUAACGAUGUUCGCAUGGACACCUGCUCUUCUGACGAGGCCUCUCAGUUGCUACAAGGGACAGAUGACAUUAUAAAGCUUAAACUUAAGAAAGAUGAUUCUUUAAAUGAAGGAGGUGAUGAUGUCAGCACAGUAACAUAUACUGUGGAGCUACAGAAACAAGGAGGGCCUUUGGGGAUCACUAUUUCUGGUACAGAGGAGCCAUUUGAUCCAAUCACCAUAUCAGGGUUAACCCAGGGAGGACUGGCAGAAAAGACGGGAGCAAUCCACAUCGGUGAUACUCUGCUGGCCAUCAAUGGACAGGGCAUGAGGGGCCGGACACUGUCUGAAGCCAUUAAGAUGUUACAGAUGGCUGGCGAUAUUGUCACUCUUAAAAUCUCAAGAUGUCUUGCCAAAACAAAUUCAAGUAAAGGAAACACUUCACUUGAACGAGAUGAAGGUGUGAAGUCUACAACGCCAAACCCAAGUGUGGACAGUGCUAUGGAAUCCUGGGAUAGUUCUGGCUUGGACAACACAGGGACAAACACUAGUGGCAGUAAACGGGGUUGUAAGUCAUUGGUGCCUGUGAGACCUCCUAGACCCAUCUCCCAGGAUAGCAAAUCCAGCAAGUCAGCAUAUACACGUGACUCCACCCAUAGCUCAAUGUGCGAUGCGGAAGGAAGUGGUGAAGUGUUGGCUGAAAGGAAUCUUUCUGAUGAGGACUGGGACACAAGGUCAAACAGUUCAAAUAGUUACGGUAGCAGUGUUGAACCAGAUGACUGGACGCAAACUCUCCAAGAUUUUGAGAAAGGUGGCCAAUCAGAAAUGCUGAAGCAGAUUGGUAUGAGUCUUAGGCAGCGAAGUGUGUCCAGCCUGGCGAGGUCACGAUCCGGUGAAAGUGGGAAGAAAACACGAGUGAAGAAAAAAGCUCAUGACCGAGGCUAUUAUGCUGACAGUGAUGAGGAAUACCAAAACUUUUUGUCCAGGCAUAGAUUACCCAAAACAAGCUCUGGAAAGAACAGGGCGAAUUCAGCGAAAACCCCUGCUACAUUUCAGGAUCAUGUGCAGAAUAUAUUUGCCCCAACACCAAUUCAGUUGCAUAGGAUAAGCCUAGUGAAAGAAAAGGCUACAGAAGACUUUGGAUUUGGUCUGUCUGAUGGAAUGUAUGAGAAGGGAGUUUAUAUUAGUGCCAUCAAACCUGCAAGUUUGGCACAUAAAAAAGGAUUGAAAGCUUAUGACCGACUUCUACAGGUCAACAACAAGCGCAUACGGGAUUUAGACUGCCGCAUGGCUGUUCCCCUGAUUGCUGAAGCAGGUAAUCACCUGGAGUUAGUGGUCAGUCGAAACCCUAUUGCUGCCAAGUCUCGGAAUUCAGAUGGCAUUUCUUCACCUGCCCAGCAGUCAUCAGCGUGUGAGUACAGCUCUUGGGAUGAUGAGAUCUGUUAUGAAAAUGUGAAUGGACGUGCUAUGAGUGACCUGUCGUUUCAGACAGUUUAGAAUCAUUGUUGUUCUUGUGGCUUCUCUUGAAGUUAUCUUGGGACAUGGAAAAAAAAAGGUUGCAAUAUCCCAGUGCUCAUGUUGAUACUCUAUUCACAUCUGUGGAAUGUUACACUGGCAGUUUAAAAGUCUGCCAACUUUGUUUAUUUAUACUACAUAAAUGUCUGACUUUCGCAACUUUUUCGAAAUACAGACAUUUCAAAUGUAAAAGUGCAUAAAAAUUCUGACGGUGCUAUGUUUUACUCACAGACUUCAUACGUGUUGUUAUGCUCUGAAGUGCAACCCUAUCAUGGAUAUUUGUCUGUGUGAAUAAACGGUGUGUCUUCUACACCAUCCAUGAGUAUUCAUGUAUGAUCAUAAAUGACCUGUAGUUAUCACUUGUGUUCUCUCUGAAUUUCCUCUAGAUUCAUGAAGGAUAAUCUUUUUUAUCCAACAAGUACACAACAGAAAAGUAUUUUCUUUUUAUUAAGAAUACAUUUUAGAAACUUUAUUAACUUUAAACAGUUACUUAUUUAUUAUAUUUACAUCCUGAUACCAGUACUAGGGAUAACUGUCCUAUUUCUUAAAUGUUAGAUCUUGAGAGACAGUUUAUUAUGAUACACAAAAAGGUCUGAAAAUGCUAGUCACAUAGUUUUAAUAAGUACUGG